AUGGCCACCAUUCUCACAUUCCUUCUCGUCGCCACCUUCCUUCGGCCGCUUGCCACCGCCAAAUCCACCAUUGAACCCUGCUCAAACUUCGACACCUGCAGCGCUCUUGUCGGCUAUUCCCUCUACACCGACCUCAAAGUUUCCGAACUCGCCUCCAUUUUCUCCGUCGACCCUAUUUCUCUCCUCCUUGUCAAUGCCAUCGACAUCUCCUACCCCGACGUUGAAAAUCACAUCCUGCCGGCGGGACUCUUUAUCAAGACACCCAUUUCAUGUUCUUGCGUCGACGGCAUUCGGAAGUCAUCGUCCACCGUCUAUAAAACUCGUCCUUCCGACACUUUGGCAUCCAUCUCCGCCGUCAUUUACGGUGGCCUUGUGUCGGCCGACCAAAUCAAAGGGGCGAACCCCAAGGCCGCACUGUCGGACCCUUCUGUGUUGAAUAUUGGGACCAAGCUCAAUAUCCCACUUCCAUGUACUUGUUUCGAUAACAAGGACAACGAUUUGCCCACUAUUUAUAUGUCUUACUUGGUGACACCUACGGAUACGCUCAUGGGAUUAGCAGCCAGGUACGCUACUACUUUGACAGAUCUUAUGAAUGUGAAUGCAUUGGGGAGCCCUGCGAUUGAGGAGGGUGAUAACACUACUACUUUGACAGAUCUUAUGAAUGUGAAAGCAGUGGGAAGCCCUGCGAUUGAGGAUUGUGAUAUUCUGGCUAUUCCAUUGUCUGCUUGUGCCUCCAAUUUUCCAAGAUAUGCUUCAGAUUACGGCUUGUUUGUGCCAAAUGGGAGUUAUGCUAUAGCAGCUAGUCAUUGUGUGCAGUGCAGUUGUGGGCCGGGGAGUCGCAGUUUGUACUGCAUGCCGACUUCGUUGGCAGUUUCUUGUUCGAGCAUGCAAUGCAAAAGGAGUAAUCUCAUGCUCGGAAAUGUCACCUCACAGAGUACUAGUGCAGGUUGCAAAGUGACUUCUUGCAGUUAUGAUGGCUUUGUGAACGGAACCAUCAUCACCUCGUUGUCCACAUCUCUUCAACCUAGAUGUCCAGGACAACAACAAUUUCCUCCCCUCGUGUCUCCACCUAAAGCACUUCCAGAUUCAUUAUUUGCUCCGACUCAGGCUCCGGCCCCGGCUCCUUCACAUUCACCUUCACCUUCUGAGUCAGGUGGUUUUCCAAAGAAACACUCCAACCAGAAGCCUUCGGUGUUACCUUCGUCCGGUGCAGUGCUGGGAUUUCCACCCACAAAUAUACCAACUGGAAAUGCUUCUGUUGAAUCCUCUGGGACUGGCUCCUUAGUGAACCCUUUUUCUAUUAUUUCAACCACAUUUCUUUUAGGUUCUGUAUUCAAGUUUCUACUGUCACUUCCAUUUUGA